AUGGCUGCUACGUCACCGAUCGGGGGCUGUCAGGCGACCCUCUCAUUUAUCCUUCGCGUCGUCAGUCGUCCCGACGGCCAGUUCCAGCACGCGCUUGUGUGCAAGAAAUGGUAUCGCAUAGCUCGACGCGUGCAGGAGCACAUCCAGAUUCGCGAAAGCAGUCGCAUGCGUCCUCGCGAGCUGCUCGCGCACCUCUCGUCAUUCCCAAGGCUGCAAAAGCUCGUCCUCGCCGCCAGCAGCAUCACGUCCGUCCCUGACUCCCUCCUCUCGGGGAUAGCCGACACGUGUCCAGAUCUUACGGACCUCCAUGUCGAUACGAUGAAACGAGAGUACAGUCGCGGGGGGUUCACUGAGCACGGACUUUCGUAUCUCUUUGAGAAGUGCACGCGGCUGGAGGGACUUCAUCUUGAUUGCCAGUCGAAUCUCACCGCCAUUCCCUCUUCAAUCGGCGGUCUUGCGUCGCUCAAGAGCCUGCACAUCACGGACAGGGGGAGAGUCGCUCUCCUUCCAGACGCGUUCACCUCGUUACAGGCACUCACCCAUCUCGUGAUUGAAAUGCCCGGCCUGCAUGAACUGCCUCAGGGCUUCGGCAACCUGAGGCUGCUCAAGUCCCUCCAGCUAAACAGAUGCAUGGGUCUCAGCUCCAUUCCUGAUUCUUUUGGGCAGCUUACCAACUUGACUCAUCUUUUCAUCAACGGCUCCGCGGCAAGUCUUCAGCUGCCCGAAUCCACCUCCAAUCUCUCGUCCCUACUGACCCUCGAAAUUUCCAACUGCAAAGACCUUGCACCGCUGCCCGAGAGCUUUGGAAACCUGCCGGCGCUUGAAACCCUACGACUGGAGGAGGUGGGGGGGAUUACCAACCUGCCCGUCAGUCUUGUGCAUCUGCAGCGGCUGCGGCUCCUCUCUGUGAUCAACUGCUGCAAAUUAGUCUCUUUCCCUUCCCCCCUUUCUCACCUGACUUCUCUGACGGACCUUAUUCUCGUCGGCCAAGCACUCGACCUUCUGCCUCUUGACGUCGGUUUACUGCCGCACCUACGCGCUCUCAAGCUGGACGGAAUCCGCGUGCAUCUUCCUCCCUCUAUUACAUUUGCUACUGCACUGAACGAGCUUACACUUUAUGACUUCAGAGCUAUAUAUUCGCUACCCAAGGAAUUCGGGCAACUGACUGCCCUGGCGACCCUGCGCCUCAUCGAGCUUCCGCGGCUCAGCAACCUGCCCGCAUCGCUGGGCGACCUGCCGAGCCUCAAGGAGCUGAAAAUUUCUGAAUGCAGCCAGCUGGCGCAGCUUCCAGACUCCCUGACUCUGCUGUCUUCCCUUGAGCUGCUGGACAUCAGUCACUGCUGCAAGCUGACAGCGCUACCGCAGGGCAUGGGGGAUGGAAGCACUCGUCUCGAGGUAGCUGGCCACGCCGGUUGCAGCAGUGCCGCUGGCAGCUAUGGGGGAUCGGAGGAAAAGGACAAGAGUGUGUUGCUGCCAUUCCUAGAAAAUAACUUCUGGAAGCUCUCGUCUUUAAAGGACCUCUCUCUCAUGUCACUGCCCAAACUCUGCAGCCUGCCCGAAACUUUUUCGCAGCUGCCCAGAUUGGAGGGCUUGACCCUGCUCGGGUGCAAGCGGCUGGCUCGGUUGCCCUCGGGGCUGCAGCAGAUGGGGAAGCUGGAGGCAUGCAUUAUCACAGACUGCCGGCUGCUGUCAAAACGACAGAAGAUGGUGAUUUGCGGUACAGCGAACCUGGACGAGGGAGAGCGUGCAGUGGGUGGCUUGGAGGAAGAAGGUGAAGAGGAAGUGGGGAUGGGGGAGGAGGAUGAGGGGAGUGAAAAUAUGGAGAGUGAAGAGGAGGACGGUGAGGGGAGUGAGGGGGAGGAUGGAGAGGGGAGUGAAAGGGAGUGA